GUAGGUGCAAGGUUCCCUCUCGGGGCUGGAGGUGGUGGCUGAGCUGCCCGCUCAGGGGUGGGAUGUACAAAGGUUGUGCUGAUGCUGGAACACGUGGCUGCAGUCCUUGCUCCUUGCUGCAGCAGCUGUGGCACUUUAGCACGUGGGCAGCAAGCUGAGGGAUGCCCAGCGCAAAAAACAGAGAAAUUUGUCAAGGUAGAAAAGAGCUUAUUUUCCUAUGGAGAGAAAAAACCCAUCAGAACAAUACAUUGACUUGUUUGAAGAGAGUUUGGGGUUGACAAGGCCACUCUCUUUUAGGCUCUGCUCUCUACUAUAAGCCCACAGAGCCAUUCUAGAGACCGACUAUUAUAAAUUAAAUCCCUUAAUUAUGCAGUAGUGCACCAGGAAAAUUACUUGCUUGUGUAUGUGGGGGUGGUUUUUCACUUUCCCUGGGGAGGUGAUAAUGAGUAUUGUGUAACAGCUUAGGCAUUUUUCAGAGUAUUACACUGUUUGCAACAUAAGUAUGUUAAAAAAAGUCUUUGGGUUUGUUUGUAUUAGGCCAUUCUUCUAGAGCACAGGGUUAGUCACCUGGCAGGUUAUUCAGAGUUAAUUCCCAUGUCAGCAGGAAGCUCGACGGUCACAGUUCGCCUUGUCCGCUCGUUUGAGCACCGCAAUUUCAGACCCGUGGUGUACCACGGAGUCCCCCUGGAGCAGACGGUGAAGGACUUCAUGGCUUUUGUGCGCAAGGAUGUGUCUUCAAGAGCAGGACUUCCUCCUCCUUUUAAAAAUUACAAGUAUGAUACAAUGAAGAUCAUUCACCAAGCACACAAAUCUAAGACUGGUGAGCUUGUAGUGAGUUUGGAAGAUGAUGACAAACUGAUUUUGAAGGAAGACAGCACACUGAAAGCAGCUGGAGUAGAUGGACAGAAGGACAUGUGGAGCAUUCAUGGUGGUCAGCAUCGUUUUCAGCCUGGUUGGUGCUCUGUGGAAGGGAGUUCUGAAGUUACAGGAUCAGUUGUGCUCCUUGGGGUUUGCACCCUGGAGCCAUUGCUGCAGCUGGGAGGAGAUAGUGUUUGGGUUCAGCCCUGGCCCUGAUUUUGUUUUAGGCUGUUGUGCACUCCCCACCACUGACACAUCUCUCUGGAGGCCAGCACACAUCUCACAGGUCUGGUUGGGUGAGCUGGGCUGAUGUUGGGGCAGUCCUGGGAGGUGCAGGGCUGGCUGGGGGCUUCUGGCUGUGCUGGGAUGAG